AUGGGCGGCGCCGGCAAGAUGAUCCGCACGGCGCUGCACUCCUUCUUCCGGCACUACCACCCGGCGUCGUCCGCGGCGUCGCUGCUGGCGCUGCCGUUCUCCGCCGCCGCGCUGCUCUCGCGCUCGCACCCGGCGCUGCUGGCGCCGUCGCACCUCCUGUCGCGCCGCCUCCGCCGCGUCCUCGUCGCCGCGGGGUUCCCGCCGGCGUCCCAGCUGCUCUUCCUCCUCAGCCACCGCCUCUCCCAGCGCGCCUGCGCGUUCCUCGCCGCAUUGCCCUUCUCGCUCUCCUUCCUGCUCCUCGCCAAGGCCUGCGCCGUGCAUUUCUGCUGCUGCUCGCCGCACGGCCAGCAGCGCCGGCGGAAGGACAGCACAUCCGCCGCUGCCGUCUUGCGGUCGUCGUACCCGGCGAUGGCGUGGACGCAGCUCGUCAACUGCCUCGCGCUGCUGCUCGCCAACGCCGCCGUCUUCGCCGCGCUGCUCGCCGCGUUCAAUGCCGCCGAGGCGCUGCAACUGCUGGGCGUCGGCGGCGCUCCCCCACACGGCUCCGGUUCCCGUCCCACCUCGGGCACCUCCAGCCCCGACAGCGGAAGCGGGAGCAGGGCGGUGCUGGCGCUCUCGGCGGCCGGCGUGAUCGUCUACUCGGUGGCGCUGGCCAACGCGUCGGCGGUGUGCAACCUGGCCACGGUGGUGGCGGCCGCCGAGGGCCGCGGCGGCGCGCACGCCAUGCUCAAGGCGAUCCUCAUGCUGCUCCGGGCCGGCGACGCCGCCACCGCCGUGGCCGCGUCCUUACCGGCCAGCCUCGCAGCCGCCGCCGUCGAGGCGCUGUUCCAGCUCCGGGUCAUGCGCCCCUACACGGCCACGGGCAAGGUCACCGUGGGAAUGCUCUGCGAGGGCCUGCUCGUCGCGUAUAUCCACUCCAUGAUCUGUGUCCUCGACACCGUCGUCACCAGCAUGGUCUACCAGAGCUGCAAGGCCAGCCAUUCUUGCCACCUCUUGGAGCUGGAGCUCGAUGGCGACCGCAAGGACGACUUGAGAGUCUGA